AUGGACCUACACCCCCGAGUAAUCCAGCCCUACACAGAAGAAAAGACUGACCGCUUGGACAGAGCCCGUCCUCUUGGCUGUGUUACGUGUCUGCGUCUCUGUGCGUAUGUGUGCAGGACCCUUGAAGAAAGCAUGCUAAGUGCAGAUUUUGGUAGAAUUGGCCAGCGCGGCAAGAGGACGCAAGCUGCACAACCUAGCUUGGUGACCGUUCCGUGUGCUGAGGAGAAGCUGGUAAUUGUGGAGAUGGAAAAUGACCUUCCUAAGUGUAAGUGCAGUUACAGCGCCCCGCGGAGAGGCAUCGUGGGGUCCGAGGGCCUUCUGCAGAAGGGGCAGUCCUUCGGGUCAUUUCUGGUGUACCAUUGUCUUCUCUACCUCGAACCUGAAGCCUCUCCCACACUAUGGGCUCCCCACUGCAUUCUGGGAAGCUCGGGAUUUCAUGGAGGUCUUCGUCCGAGCCUUCCCCCGCCCGCUGCAAGACGACCCUGCUUUAUCCGCUGUUGGUGUCUGGACGGUGCGUCUGGCCGGCUUCUAGGGCUCCUGCUGCUUCUCUUCCCUAACCUUGGAGCCCGACCUCUUCCGGCCUCUGGACUCAGGCCUGGCGUCCUCCCUUGCUCGGGCCUCCGCCCUCCUGGCGCUGGCCCUGGCCCUGGCCUCCCUGGCCCUCCUGGCCCUGGUCGCCUUGGUGUUCAGCCGCACACCGCGCCUCCACAUCUCCCGCGCCUUCCUGGCCGCCUGGCGAGGCAGAGGCCUCCUCCGCGUGCUCCGGGACCUCGCUGCUCUCCCCCUCGCAGGGCCGCCGGCCUCCU